ACCCGAGCGGCCUUCCAGUCUGUACCGAAACAGCGAAACAGUAACCAGUGUGCGAUUCCUACUUUCAUGCGAACAAUCUUGCUCCCUCUUGGUUGCAGAUGUGUUUGUGCAACGUGGUGUGAUUCCGAAUAGAGGACUCUUCCUCUUAUCAGUGUGAACCUUUUGCUUUGAACUGUGAUUUCGUGAUCUGAAAACAAAUAGUUGCGGAAGAAUCGGUCUUUAUUGCCGUUUCGCAACGGAAUAGAAACUUCUAUUUUCCCUAGUGAUUUUCGCGAUUGGACGAUUUUGUGUGGUGGGUGAUUUUGUCGUGUGUAACAGCCGUAUCAAUAGAAACAACAAUAACAGCAGAAAAAUAUCAACCGACAGCAGCCGAGUAUCGGAUAUCCCCUAGACCGGAGAAUUGAAUGGUCAAAAUUGAAACUUGCAGCGAGAUUUACUCGGGCGUGCCAGGACAGCGACAACCGAUUUACGCAGCAGUACCGUUCCAGCACAGGCGGCAAAAUUGCGGCGAUUUAGGCCUUUUGUUGUUGCUGCAAAGUGGAAUUAACUCCAGAAUGGCCAGUCUCCCGCAGGCAGCCUUCGCAGUGCACAAGCUGCGCAAGCCAAAAGCCGAGAAGGACCUCACGGUGGCACGCCUCAGUAUGGAAAAGCAGGAAUCACCUCGCUAUACGAACAACCAAACACUAGACCUAUCACCGGUUAAGUACAGCGAUAAGUUUAUGAACAGCAUCUGGGGUCUGUACAAUCGCUAUUCACCGCACAACUUCAAAAAGAACAACGGUGCUGACCUGCAGUACUUCAGCAUGCCACAGCCAUUCGCUGUCGCAUGCGCCGCUUCGGAGAAAAACAGCUCUGAAGCACCUACCGGUUCCAAGAAGUAGCACCAAUUGGACCAUGAUUGGACAUUUUGAAUUUUGUAGUGACAUCUAAUUUGUUUUUAUUUUUUUUAGUGUAGAUAGUUAGUAACCAUACUUAUCUGUGUUUUUAUUAGAUUAUAAAAUUAUUCGUCUAAAAUUUAUACGCAUGAUACAAAUUUAUGGGACUGAACAUGAUAAUUGAAUAAUAACUAUUGUUAAUUCGAA